AAUACGGAAAGAAAUAGAGAAGGCUCUUUGCAUUGGCGUGCGAAAGAGCCAUUCGGCUGCGGCCUGUGGGAGGUCUCAUGAUUUCCAGAGGGGACAACCCCAGGUCCUUGACUCCAUGAGUGUCAUUUUACCAUAUUUUAAAAAUAAAACAAAAAUAUUUGGGCCAAUUAAAACACUUUGGUCCUUACAUAUAUUUAGUAUAAAAAUUAAACUUAUUUUGGGACUUUCUCUUUCUUCUCUCUUUCCAACAGGGCUUUGUUCCUCUGCAAAUGCACACGCCCUUAAUCUCAAGUCUCUGUAAAUCCAAGUAUAUGAGAAAGAUGUUUUCCUAUCAUUUGAACUGAAGAUAGUUGAAAUGAAUGGCUGGGUUUAAAUUCAGACUUCAGCAUUUCAGGUUCUUGUUUUCAGGGCUGACUGAUGAAGCUUCAGGUGUUUAGUCAUUCAGGUGGGUAUCAGGUGAACUUUAGGAUUGAUGUCGUCGUUGGCUAAGGAAUUUUUGUCUGGGAAUUUGGAAAAAGUGGCUUAAGUAAAAGUAAUUCCAUGGAAAUUCAGACAGUGGGGUCUCAAGAUGAUAGUGGUAGUAAUGGCAAACAGUCACAGUUUCAGCAGUUAACACGGCAAAAUUCAAUGUAUAGUCUCACGCUGGAUGAGGUUCAAAAUCAGUUAGGUGACCUGGGAAAACCUCUGAGUAGCAUGAACCUAGAUGAGCUUCUCAAGAAUGUAUGGACAGCUGAGGCUAACCAGAAUUUUGGUAUGGAAACUGAAGGCACAACACUGACCAAUCAAACUGCUUUGCAGCGUCAGGCAAGUUUGUCAUUAACUAGUGCUUUGAGCAAGAAGACAGUUGAUGAGGUUUGGAAAGAUAUUCAACAGAGCAAAAAUGAUGGGGAAAAGAAAUCUAGAGAAAGGCAGCCUACCCUUGGAGAAAUGACAUUGGAGGAUUUUCUUGUGAAAGCAGGAGUUGUUGUUGAUGCAUCUACGGAUAAAAAAGGCGGUGGAUCUGUUACUGGGGUUGAUCUAAGUGUUGCGCCUCAGUUUGCACAAGAAGGUCAGUGGAUGCAGUACCCACAGCCACAAUAUCAGCAUCCACAACAAAGUAUGAUGGGGGCUUAUAUGCCAGCUCAGCCUCUGCCACAGCCUUUAGCUAUAGGGGCCACUGCUGUAAUGGAUGUCUCUUACCCAGAGAACCAGGUGCCAUUGCCUUCACCUUUGAUGGGAGCAUUAUCAGAUUCACAAGAAUCUGGAAGGAAAAGGGGUGCCCCUGCUGACAUGGUUGAAAAAAUUGUUGAAAGGAGACAGAAGAGGAUGAUAAAGAACAGGGAGUCUGCAGCGCGGUCACGAGCAAGGAAGCAGUUACUUAGAAACAGGCUUACACUAAUGAAUUGGAGAACAAAGUUUCACGUCUACAAGAGGAAAAUGAAAGGCUGAGGAAACGGAAGGAGCUGGAGAUGCUGCCGCCUUGUGCUCCUCCUCCUGAGCCGAAAUAUCAGCUUCGUAGAACGUCAUCAGCCCCAUUCUAACAAUUGCCUCGUGGCUAGUGUGAAAAUUUUGCAUAUACUUAAGUUGAGGCAUAACUUAAAUGAGCGCCACAAUCUGUAUCUUUCAGAGGCAGCUUUUGUGUGAUAUGCAGGUUAUGGCUGCUUCUUCCUUCUGAGAGGUUUUUCAUGCAUCUCCUUUUUUACUGUGAAAUCAAUUCAACUACAAAUUUUCAUGUUACCUUUCUACGCUUUAGACAUUGAGUGUUAAGAUAGCACGGUUUUUCCCUAAAUGUGUAUGUAGUUUUCAACUUUUCCUUCCCCCGCUUGAUAUGAGCAUUUCGCCAUUUUGACCAAGUUUAUAAAAAUAAGAAAGAACACACACAUACAUAUAUAUUUAUAUACAUAUAUAUAGGUAUGUAAGUAAUCCAUGUAGA